AUGGCAGCGGCACGCGGCCUUCUCCUUCUUCCUCUCCUCGCCGCCGUCUCGUUCUGCGUGGCCGGAGACGCGGCCGCGCCGUCGCCGGGACGGCGGCUGCUGCAGGCGCCGGGCGGCGGGUGGACGCCUGUGCCGGACGCCGGCGACCCGCGCAUCCAGGGGCUAGGGAACUGGGCGGUGAGCAAGCACGACCGGCUCACCGGCGACCGCCUGGUGUUCCAGCAGGUGUCCCGCGCCGAGACCCAGGACGUCGUCGGCGUGGACUACCGCCUCCACGUCAAGGCCGCCGGCGGCGACGCCGGCAUCGGCACCGGCACGGCGUUCGUCGCCGUCGUCUGGGAGUCCGGCGACUCCGGCAUGCGGAAGCUCAUCUCCUUCGACGCGGAGUGA